UGUCAAAUUUCGUAACGAAAUUUAUAAAAAUGCAAUUCAAAAUUAAUAUGAAAGUAAAUGUUUAGAAUUUUCGUGGUGCUAUCUAUUCAAAUUUUGUUCGUAAUGGCCUGGAGGUCUCACGGCAAAACAAAUGCCGAACUAGUAAGGAAUUUAAGAGCAAAUGGCAUUAUCAAGAGUGACAUAGUUGAAAAUGCAAUGUUGGCUGUUGAUAGAGGUCACUAUUCAAAAGUUAGUCCAUAUAUGGAUGCUCCACAAGGCAUAGGAUAUGGAGUUACUAUAAGUGCUCCCCAUAUGCAUGCCCAUGCAUUGGAACUUUUAAAAGAGAAGUUAGAGAAUGGUACACGAGCCUUAGAUGUUGGAUCUGGCAGUGGCUAUCUAACAGCAUGUAUGGCUUUAAUGAUGGGAGAAAAGGGUAUCGCUGUCGGUAUAGAUCAUAUAGCCGAAUUGGUGGAUAUGUCUCUAAAAAACGUUUCAAAGUCUAAACAAAGUUUGAUACAAUCAGGAAGGGUUGUUUUGGUGACUGGAGAUGGAAGACUAGGAUAUCCAGAAUAUGCCCCAUACGACGCUAUACAUGUUGGUGCUGCAGCGGCCGUUUUACCUGAAGCUCUGGUUGAACAAUUAAAGCCGGGUGGAAGACUAGUAGUACCUGUGGGCCCUUCUUCAGGAGUCCAACACAUGACAAUCGUUGAUAAACUUCCUGAUGGAACUGUUAGAAAGAAACAUGGUAUGUCAGUAACGUAUGUUCCUUUGACGGAUAAAAGACUUCAGUGGAGAUAACAACGCAUCUUUUGUUUUUUUACAUUUAAAUUCACACCUUUUUGUAAACCAUUUUAGAAAUAUGUAUUUACUAUAGAUUAUUUUUUCGAAUUUUAUUCGGUGAAGGCGUUUAUUAAAAUUUUUCGAUUUUGUAUUUUAACAGGCAGUGGGUGAAACAUACAACAUUGAUGAUAUUCUGCUUUUUAGAACUUUAUGUGCGCAUUCGUUCAAAAUGUUCAUCUUCUACAUAUUAUUUCAGACAUUUUGAAACAUGUAUAGGUACUUAAACCACUUAAAUGUCGUUAAAUGGGCUUAGUGUUUACCAAUCAAAAAUCUCUUAGCAUUCAGUAGGCGAAGAAAUAUAAUAAAAACAGUAGUGCCUAUUUUACGUACGGUAGGUGACGUAUAACACUACAAGUUGUUUUACGAACGA